AGGGUUUUAUUUAUUUAGUGUAUCACCAACCGUAUAAUCACCAAAAAUUAUGAUGAUAAAUUGUUAAUAACUUCAGGUUAAACAUAUAAUUCUGAUGGCCUUUCUAGAUGGUUUUUUUUUUUGGAAAAAUAUAAUUACUAAAUUACAACAAAAAAGAAUACAAAUAUUUAGACAUGUACUAUUCAAUUAGAUCUAAAUCAAUAUCAUCACACGUUAAUGGAAUUAAACGUUGUUAUUUCAGAAAUAUAUAUUUUACGGAUAAAAACCUAUUUCCAUUGUACCACAGAACUAUUGAUGUUUUCUGUACUUCAAAACAAAUAGACCAUAAAUCUAAGUUGCAACAAUAUCGAUUGUUAUAUAUUGGAUCUAUUGUGAGAACUCAUGAAGCAUCUUCGAAAGUUGAAGAAACUAUUAAAAAUAUUAAGGAAGAGAAUAAGAAGAAUAAAUCUGAAGUUAUUGUAACAAAAAAUUUUGUUAAUAUUUCAGAAAAUAGUUUGUAUAAGAAACAAACACUUUGGCAAAAAAUUAAAGCUGAACUUUUACAUUAUUAUCAUGGAUUCAGGUUAUUGGGAUUGGAUAUGAAAGUGUCUAUAAAACUAAUAUGGAGAAUUUUGCAAGGAAAUGAUCUUACUAGAAGAGAGCACCGAUUAUUGGUCAAAACCACGGGUGAUAUGUUUAGACUCAUUCCAUUUUCAGUCUUUAUAAUUGUACCAUUUAUGGAAUUUCUACUUCCCGUAGCCAUAAAAAUUUUUCCUGGAUUAUUGCCAUCCACAUUUCAAACAGCAACUGAAAAAGAAGACAAGUUGAAACAAGCACUAAAAGUAAAAAUUGAAAUGGCAAAAUUUUUACAAAAAACCCUGGAUGAAAUGGCUGUUCAGUCAUCAAAUCAUAGAUCUGAAAAAGCAAAAGAAUUUGCUGAAUUCUUUUAUAAAAUGAGAACAAGUGGUACAGUAGCUACAAAUGAGGAAAUUAUGAAAUUUAGUAAGCUAUUUGAAGAUGAAAUAACUUUAGAUUCUCUUUCUCGACAACAACUAAUUGCAUUAUGCCGUGUCUUGGAUGUGCAAACUUUUGGUACUUCGAACUUUUUACGAUUUUUAUUAAGGAUGAAACUAAGAAGUCUUGCAGCAGACGAUAGAUUAAUAGAAAAAGAAGGUAUUCUUACUCUCACAAGGCCUGAAUUGCAACAAGCUUGUCGUGCUCGUGGUAUGAGAGCAUAUGGUAUGUCCGAACAAAAAUUGAGAGAACAAUUAUCCCAAUGGCUGGAUUUGAGUUUAAAUAAAAAAGUACCUCCAUCACUUUUACUACUAUCUAGAGCUCUUAUGGUACCAGAAACAAUCUCUAUGUCUGAUAAAUUGAAAGCUACAAUUUCAGCUCUUCCAGAUUCAGUUGUUGCUAGAACUAAAGGAGCUAUAGGAGAAAAAGAAGGAAAAUUAGACCAUAAAACAAACAUUGAAAUAAUAAAAAUGGAAGAGAAAAAAAUAGAAGAAGAAAGAGAAGAAGAAAUAACAAUUAAAAUGUCGGAUUUAGAUAGUAUGCAUAAAUUAGUAGUAUCUAAAAUGCCGGAAAAAGUUGAUGAAAUUACAACAGUUGAUGUGAAAGUCUUAGAGCAAGCAUUGGAUUCUGUUGGAAACGAAAAGAAAAAAAUGGCCAUAGAAAAAGAGGAAUUAAAAGAACUUAAAGAAGAAAUGGCUGAAUAUCAAGAAGAUAUUAAAGAAUUUCAUCAAUUGAAAGCAGAAACGCGAGGACUCGUAGAAGUUGAGAAUAUUAAAGUAUCAACGGGUGCAAAAUUACUUUUUGCUAAAGUUAAUAAAAUGAUAAAUAAAAUGGAUGAUGUUUUAUUGGAAUUAGAAUUAUCUGAAAAAAGAAUGAAAAAAGAAAUUAAUAUGCUUGCUGAUGAAAAAAAAUCAAAUUCAAAGUUUGCUGCUGAAUUAAUAAAAAUAGAUGAGCUGGCUGCUGCAAUAAAAAAACUUCAAAGUAUUCCAGAUGAUCACCGAUUGGCUAGAAUAACGGAGAUAUUGGGAAAAAUUGAUGAUGACAGAGACGGUGCAAUAAAAAUUGAAGAUGUAUUAAAAGUUUUAGAAUUGAUUGGAAAAGAAGAUAUAAAAUUAAGUAAAAAACAAGUUGACGAAAUAAUCGAAUUGAUGGAAAAAGAGGAAGUUUUACUCAUAGAAAAUCAAAUUCAAAAAGCUUUGAAUAAAGAAAAUAAGGAUAAUGUUGAAGAAGAGCUUGAAGUUAUUUAUCAAACACAAAAAGACUCGUUAGGAUUCGUUGGCACUACAAUGACGGAAGAAAUUUGUACAGAUCAAAAACAAUCGCUAAACAAUAAUAAUGAAAAAAAAAUCCUCAAAGCUUCAUUACAAGAAACUAUUACAUCAGGUAGUUCAAGACAUUCGACUGAUAAUUCAACGGAUCGACAUAACUCAUCAAUAUCUCCUAAAUCCACAUCCACAUCGAAAAAAGCAGAAGGUUCUAAUCAUCUAUGACAAAUCUAGAAAAAUCUAUGCAAAGAAUUUCUUUCUAAUGAUAAAGAUUAUAGCGUUGGUUGUUAUAACGAAGAUGAACAAUCUUUUAUUUACAGCAUCGAAUAUUUUUGCAGAAUGUACAUAUUCAGUUAUUACAAUUAUUAUUAUAUAUUUAAAAUUUAUAUAUUAUAUUAAAUAAUUGUAAAUUGAGAAAAACCUGACAAACAAAAUAAUGAAAUUUCGAAAUGCUUGUAAUUAUUAAUCAGUCUUGCGUAGAUUUACUUGCUAUACAUUAGAAGGGUAAAAUUAAUCGUUAAUAAUAAUGAGAAUUUUACUAAAAAAAUACAAACUUGUAUACAAACUGAUCUCCAAAGGUGAAUUUCUUCUAAUAAUUUUAAUAGUUGUUAUCCCCGUUUGUCAAUACUAUUGUCAUACUUUCUUCAACGGUUAUAUUAUGCACUCUCAAUCGUUAUAAGCCAUUUGGAUAUAAUGUGUUCUGACGUUAAAAAUACGAAUGAUCAUAUAAUAUGCAAAUAGCGCGCGCGCGUGUGUGUGUAUUUAUUCAUAUUUUUAACAUUUAAGUCUACUUAAGAUAAAUGUAAGAUCAUUGGUAAAUUUCAAAUUCAUUGUGUAAAAGCUAUAAAUCUAUAGAAAAUUGCCUUGCAUAUUUGCAUCUUGAGCAUAUGUGGCACAUUCUAGAUUAUGACGAUCAGCUUAUCAGAUGUAGGUUUUGGAUUU